CAGUUUAAUGGUUCUGCACGUUUCGCUCUGAAGAAGCUGAACACUGAUGUAGUGCGGUGCUGUGGUGAUGGACCCUCUCUGCUUAUGCUCGCCGUGGACAGAAUUUCUUCUGCACACAGAUCCUGCUCCCUCCGACUUUCUCCAGACCCGCGGUGGCUUCUAUCUUUAUCCUGAUGGGCGCGUGAGUGGCGCUGCCUGUUCGGAGGGAUGAUGGUUGCGUAUCUCUCAGGCUGUUUUCUGUCUCUUACCCACUUUUAACAAUGGAUCUGAAAGUAGAACCUGAGGAAAUGGACUCCAACCAGCCUCCACCCAUAGAAGUUUUCGCGCACAACUCGACCCUCCACGGAAUCUCCCACAUCUUCACCUACGAACGGUUUUGCAUCAAGCGCGUGCUGUGGCUCCUGCUUUUCCUGGGCUCGCUGACAUUUCUGCUGUACGUGUGCGUGGACAGGAUCCACUUUUACCUCGAGUACCCGCACGUCACCAAACUGGACGAGGUCACGACCCCGGUCAUGACGUUCCCGGCAGUGACCUUCUGCAACCUGAACGCGUUCCGCUUCAGCCAGAUGACGCGCAACGACCUGUACCACGCCGGGGAGCUACUGGCCCUGCUCAACGAGGGGCAUGACAUCAGGGACAAACACCUUGUGGAGGAGAGCGUGCUCGAGAACUUGAAGGUCAAAGCUGACUUCCACAAUUUCAAGCCGCGGCCCUUCAACAUGCGGGAAUUCUACGAUCGCACGGGUCACGACAUUAAAGACAUGCUGCUGUCCUGCCGUUUCCACGGCACAGAGUGCAGACCAGAGGACUUCAAAGUGGUUUUCACUCGAUACGGGAAGUGCUACACCUACAACGCAGGCAGAGAUGGACACCCUCCACUCAUCACGACCAAAGGCGGUAUGGGUAACGGACUGGAGCUCAUGCUGGAUAUUCAGCAAGAUGAAUACCUUCCCGUCUGGGGUGAAACAGAUGAGACUUCAUAUGAAGCAGGGGUCAAAGUUCAGAUACACAGUCAGAACGAGCCAUCUUUCAUUGACCAGCUUGGCUUUGGAGUGUCACCGGGCUUCCAGACAUUUGUGUCCUGCCAGGAACAACGGCUGAUCUACCUGCCUCCACCAUGGGGAGACUGUAAGGUGACGCCCAUGGAGUCAGAGUUCUUUGACAUUUACAGCAUCACAGCCUGUCGUAUAGACUGUGAAACACGCUACUUGGUGGACAACUGCAACUGUCGCAUGGUGCACAUGCCAGGUGACGCCCCCUACUGCACCCCCGAGCUGUACAAAGAAUGUGCAGACCCAGCUUUGGACUUUUUGGUUGAACAAGACAACAGCUUCUGUGUGUGUGAGACGCCGUGCAACAUGACGAGAUACAGCAAAGAGCUCUCUUUUGUCAAGAUCCCCAGCAAGGCCUCAGCCAAAUACCUCGCCAAGAAAUACAACAAGUCCGAGCAGUAUAUCAAGGAGAAUAUUUUGGUUUUAGACAUCUUCUUUGAAGCUCUGAACUAUGAAACGAUUGAACAGAAGAAAGCCUAUGAAGUAGCUGGUCUUUUAGGUGAUAUCGGUGGUCAGAUGGGGCUUUUUAUUGGAGCAAGCAUUCUGAGCAUCCUGGAGAUAUUUGACUAUAUUUAUGAGGUGAUAAAGUACAAGCUGUGUCACUGCUCCGAUAAGAAGCACAAGCACAACAACAACGACCAGGGAACGGUCCUGAGCUUAGACGAUGUCAAGUGUCACGUCAGUAACUUUCAUUAAUCCUCUGCGGUCUGGAGCUGGAAAUGCUCUCCCCCUUUUGUCCGCAGGCGCAGGCGAAGAGUGAGAACUGUGCCUGGUGAAGCUUUGUCAGUUAGUCGCCGAACACGGUCGUGCGGCCUUCAAAUACAAAGAUGGACGGUCACGCAGAGAGCGGGGCAGCAGAAAGCAGAGAUCUACGUGUCGUGAUGAUAAAAUAACUGCAUGGUCUUCUGUAAACACCUGUAAAGACUCAGCAACAGCUAUGAAAACAGGCAUUGGCUGAAAGGAGGUUCAUUGAGUUGUGUUUAGUGGAUCUGCUCUGAGGUGGAGUUUGUUAUCUGUCAAAAUGAUUGGGUUUCUCAAUUCUGUACUCAUUUGCUGCCUUUAUGUCUGUUUUUUUUUUUUACUUCAUGUCAUCCAUCCUCAAGACCGUCUUCCCUUGUUGAACUGGUGGCAUCCUGCCAAUACACUGACUGUACUACCUCAUCUCUCUGCGCUACAUAACAUAGCUGAUCAUCAGCAAGGUCAGAAAGAACAUUUAGAUUUUCAUAUCAGAGCUGAACCAGUUCUCAACAGCAAAACAACCAGUUUGGGACUUACUGGUAUAAAUGAAAUCAGAUGUCUGUUGAGGAAAAGUUGUGAUGCACAAAGCUUGGAUGGUUUCAAGAUUAAACUGUUUACACACACCGACACACACCCCGAUAAACUGAAGUGAACCUGCUAAUAAGACAGUGCAUACAGAUAGAUCUUUAUUGUUAUGAUUAGUGAAUAAGAACCCUCAUUUUACCCGUAAUUAGAUUAGAAAACCCCUCCUUAAUCAGUUGCCUUCAGAAAUGUCAUCGAUCAACUAGAGAUUCAUGACAUGAGUGUUUUCCUCCAUGUGAAAGUGGGAUUGUCAUCAGGAAAGGAGAAUACAUGAAACUGGGUUUAUUUGGGGGUUUAGAUCAAGAAUCGCUAAGGAAACAAAAACAGAACAAAAACUGCUGAUGGAAAAGUAGAAGUUGAUUCUGUAAGAAAUAAACGAGAAGUGGUUGGAUUUAAAGCAGACAGCAUUAAAGGUCUGAGGGCUGAAAUGAUUCAUAAACAAACUCCUGCAGAAGAAAACUUGUCCAAAUAUUAAAAUGAUAAAAGUCUUGUUUUCUUAGUCUUCCAACACAGAGGAAUCAUCCAUCGUUACACAGGACUAUAAUGAUCCGUCUUAUCCAUCCAGCUUAUCCGGAGUCGGGUCGUGGUGGCAGCAGCCUAGCACAGAGGCCCAGACUUCCCUCUCCCCAGCCACUUGGGUUAACUCCUCUGAGGGAAUCCCAAAGUGUUCCCUGGCCGGAUGAGAGACAUGGUCCCUCCAGCAUGUCCUGGGUCUUCCUUUGGGUCUCCUUCUGGUUGUAUGUGCCUGGAAAACCUCACCAGGGAGGCGUCCAGUGGGCAUCCUAAGCCACCUCAACUGGCUCCUCUUGAUGUGGAGGAGCAGUGGAUCUACUAUGAGCCCCUCCUGGAUGACUGAGCUUCUAACCCUAUCUCUAAGGGAGAAAACUCAUUUCAGCCACUUACUUCCGCGAUCUCGUUCUGCUGUCACUACCCAAAUCUUGUGACCAUAGAUGAGGGUAGAAACGUAAAUGGACCGGCACAAUGCCCGCAUCACUGCAGACACAGCACCAAUCUCGCACUGUUAUGCUUCACUGCCCUUAAUUUUACUCCCCAAAAUGGCCGUUCACUUUAUUAUUAAAAUAACUAAAAACUGAAAAGAAAACAACUAUUCAAGUGAAGUGUUGUUUUUAUUUUAUGCAACAUUUUGUUGCUUCUUUUUUUCAGCUUGUCAGUCUUCAGUUAUUAUCACUGUUUCCAAAAUGUCUCAGAAGAACAGAGAAGUGUUUCUCACGAGGGUUUCUCUUUUUAUUUGAGAUCACAUCAAAGACGAUGAACUCUCUGAAUGUUUUUCCGUCUUCACGUCUCCGACUUGCUUGUCUCGUUGUCCAGCAGGUGUCUUAAAAAUGUUGUUCAGCAGAUCAGCUGCACGUCUGACUGCAGUUUGUGCCAUCUGUCUGCGUGUCCGGUUGCAUAUUGUGAUCUAAUUCUGUGCCUGAGUGUUUCUACGGCGGCGUCUGGACAUCGAGGCCGUGUUCUGAAGCUGAUGUGAGGAAAUCUGCCCUCUGUGAGCUCUGUAGUUGCAUGCUGCCGAGAUUCUUUUCUGUUUAGAUUAAACCAUUGUGUUGUGUCUUGGAGACUCUGCUUAACUCUGAGCUGUGUGUUCAACUCAGCAGGAAAUGAGAAUGUGUAGCUGUGCUGAUAUCAGGCACAAACAAACCAUCAGCUGUAAUUUUAUGUAAAUACUGCAGUGAGUGUGGAUAGUAAUCCUGUUGUAGUCUGAUCAGCCUGAUGUUGUAUUUAUUUCAAGCAGACCGUCUUAGCUCAGUUAUGUGUACAUAUGAUUGUUGCUUAAUCCAGAUGCUGCCUGUCUUACUGUAUCACAGCAGCUGGAACCAUGAAUAGUCUUUACUUUGCCCUACAGGAGCUUGGGAUUUCACUGCUUUCCUUUACUUUUGUCUUUAAUGUCGGUUCCGUUUGAGAGCUGGACCGAUUCCUGGUUUUCAUUAACGUGUGAAUAAAUAGAAUUUGAUGUUUAAUUAAAGAUUACAUGCUAUCUUGAUGGAA